CGGCUGCCGGUCGAGCAGCACUCACCGCCAAGCGCCAACAGGCAAGCGGCUAGUAGUCGCCCGAUGGUCAUCGCCGUCGUCGCGUCAGUUGCCAAUAUUCACUACACCGCCGUAGCAUCUGCUAGCCAAGUGGCUGGGCUAACACCGAGCGCAAACUAAUUGCACGGGAAAUUUAUUAAUCGUCGUAAAUCUAUUAUCAAUAUUGCCGCAAGAAGUGGAGCAUAAAUUGAAACAUACAAAAUGGUGAUCGAUAUUAAAAUGUGUCGCUUCGAGAACGUGUCUUGGGGCUUUCGUUUGGUCGGCGGUGCGGACUUCGAAUUUCCGCUGACAGUCGUUAAGGUCAAUGAGGGCAGCAUAGCCGAGGAAGCCGGUUUGUGUGAAGGUGACGUCAUUGUACGCAUUAACGACACGGCUACCUCGCCACUGACACACGAAGAGGCAGACAAGGUAAUUAGGCACUGUGGAAAUGUGUUCUACAUCGGAGUUCAACGUGAGGGCGAAGAGCAAUUGGUGCCGAAAAUGUUUCCUGUUUACGGAGCCGAGCGCCCCACAACGCCAUUAACUUUCAUCGAUGUGAGUGGACGUAAGAGCCCUAUUCCUCCUCAAUUGGAAGAUGAAGCGGAGCUGCAGACAGAGAUUUUACCCGAGCUGCCAGAACGACCGUCGUCGGUGCUUUCGGAACAAACGGAAAUCAAGUUGGUGGAAGAAGAAAUUGCUGCGGUGCUUUCGGGUGAAUCAGAGGUCCUAACCGAGCAUAACGUCUUGGGCGUAAAUUUCUACAGACUUUUUCCCAAGCCUGGUGUCUGUAUGACCAGCGAUGUGUUGCGAACCCUCAAUGAAGAUGCCACCAAAACAAGAGCCGAGAAAGAAAAAGAAAACAAAAAGUGGUCAACGUUUCUGGUGAAACCUGAUCGUCCCAUACCGAAGAGCAAGGAACAAAUCGAGGCCGAACGCAGAGCCGCCAAUGCAUACAAAGUUAAGAUAGUUAAAUCAGCGCCAAGAUCACGUUCAGUAUCACCGAUGCCGCAGCCAAUCGUACCACCGACAGAGCCAGUUGAACCGACAGUGCCAGUAGAAACUAAGCAACCGUCACCACCAAAAGUUGAGGAAAUUGAAGAACCUCCACCGACUGACAGCGAAUUGCCUAAUUUGGAGGAAGUAAAAAUUAUAGUCGAACCGCCAACUGAAGACAAAGAAGGUGAACAAGUGGACACGGCUGACAAACCCACAUUGGCUGGCGAUAACCAAGCAGAAAACGAAGAAGCGGCUCAAAGCAAUAACGAGAAAAUAUCGUCCACAAACGAGUCGACCCCAAUAUUGGAAGAAAAACUUGAAGAGUCUUCAUCAACAAACGAUACUACAGCUGCCCCAGAAGUUUCUACCGAACCUAAGAACUCCAUACCCCAACGUGAAAAAACCGACGAAGAACUAGCGCUUGAACGUCAACUGGCCGACGUGCAACGCCAAUUGGCCGCACUUUCUUCACUGCCAUCCACCAUACAAUCCACACUCGACGCAGUCACAAAGCAGUUGGCAACACUUCUGCCAGCGUUCCAGUUGCAGACCGGUGCUCAGCCAUUACCGGCUUCUGUUUCAGCUUUAGCUGAGACGCGCUCAAUUAAUCUAGAAAAAAUAGACGAAGACGCUGAAGUGAAUAAAGCUGAAGGCGAAACACAAGUACUUGACUCCAGUCGCGAUCAGGAUGGUUCAGUUACUGAGAGUGUUGCUGUCGUUGCAGAGGAGGUCACAGAAAGCAUUGCAACUGAUGCCCCUCCUUUGGAUGCAGCGAAGAUUCAAGAGGCAAAACAAAAUAAGGAAGAUACACAGCAAAUGGAGGAGGAGCAAAAUGCAAAGAAACAAAAGCGCAACGAUGUGAUCGAGGAACUCGAGGAGCAAUUGGAACGCAAAAACAAUCCUCGUCGCUCAAAACGUGCCUUUGGCCCGCUGACACCAUCUUCCGAGCGUCCGCUGGUGUUGCCCGGCGGCAGGCGUUGGUAUCGACCCAAGGACGCCUACAACGAUGAGUUCAUAGCGGAAACCCUGAGUGCACAAGCGGAACUCAUAACCGGCACCACAUUGGGUUGCACAUUUGAAAGUCCGUUGCUUGGCUACGACCCAAGAGUCAACUUCAUGAAGUAUCAAAAGCCUGAAAAGAAAAUCGACUUGAAUAGAAGUGAAGUUUACAAAGUAAUUCAUCACUUGGACCGACAGCCAGUGCGCGGCAUUGAAGUUCGGCCACCCGUGGUGCCGGCCGAAGUGGAUAUAAGAAAGGUGGCGCUGCAGCCGUAACCUGUCGCACCCAACUGAACUGCGGAACUGCGGCGCAAAUGUACGCAUGCUAAUAUCAAAACCAUGUUACCGCUGAACUCAACAACUGCGGCGGGCGGCACAAGGGAUCCGCAAGCCACAAGCUGAUGCGCGCCCCAAACCACCAACCAACCAGCCGCCGCUUCACCGCCACAUUCACCACCACCACAAAUAUAGUGUACACGACUGGAAACCUCAAAUACUGAGAUGCCUUUGCGUCCUGCGCCAAUGCAGAUUUCUAAUUUAGCUUUUAUGUAGACUUGCCAACUACAGGCAUUACAUACAUACACACAUAUUUAAUGUUUUUAUGUAAAUUUUUCCCGAUUUUAAUUCAUUUCCCAUUCGCCUGUGACAAACCAAAGUAAGCAGCGUUGCAAUAAAUCAAAAUUACAUACAUA